GUUUAACAUAAAUCUUAUGAUAAUAUCCGAAUCUUGAAAACAAAAUAUAUCAGAGUACUAAACAAAGUCUUCAAAAUAAUGUUUACGGAGUGGCACGUUUUGGCCUGGCUUGCCUCUUAUCAAACGGUUAUUUUGUCCCAAGCAACAUGCUUCUUCAGUUCUUCUGUAUAUUAUAAUAUUGUCAUCUACAUGGGACGUUACUCAAAAGGAUAAUCAAACAAAAAUCCUUGGAAAACAUUAAAACAAUGGAGAAGCCAAAAUUUAAGACUGUUCAAGAGGUAAUUUGCGACGAAGGACUACCGGAAAGAUACCUCUACACAUCCACUGGAGACAUUGAAGGUCAAUCUCUUAACUGUUUGGUGCCGGAGAUGGAUAUUCCGGCCAUAGAUCUUUCUCUCCUCCUCUCUUCUUCUGAUGAUGGUCGAGAGGAGUUGCGUAAACUGCACUCCGCCCUCUCUACAUGGGGCGUUGUUCAGGUCAUGAAUCAUGGAAUUACAGAAGCGCUUCUGGAAAAGAUUUACGAGGUAACUAAGCAGUUCUUUGCGCUUUCGACUGAAGAGAAACAAAAGUAUGCAAGAGAAACUGGUAGUUUCCAAGGAUAUGGAAACGACAUGAUACGGUUGGAUGAUCAAGUUCUCGAUUGGACCGAUCGCUUGUACCAUACUACUUACCCCAAAGAUCAACGACAACUUAAAUUCUGGCCUAAAGUCCCUACUGAAUUCAGUUUUAUAUGAAUUGGAGUGUGUCCCACCGAAGUGGAGGGAAGAAGAAAGUCACUUAACAAGCUAGUGUGAGGUGUUUGGAGAGUGGGCUGAGGUAUCUUCUCAGUGCAAUAAUGAUGUAGUGGAGGAUUCAAACAUCAGGUCUGAAAGAGAUGGAGGUGCUCUCCACAAGGCUUAUCAUGGAGCUAUCACGCGUUUACAAUCAAGUUUAGACCUUCCCUAUACUCGGUCUCAAGGUUGAGGGGGAGCGUAGAUGAGCUUGCACGAUAAGAGAAGGAGUUGUUAAGCUCAGCAAGCCAUGGAUUAAAGUGGUGUGUGAAGAGCAGCCACUCCUCACUAUUUAUACAAGGGAGUAAACCUGAUCUUUAUCUCUUCAUAUACAUUCAUGAUAGGUUUAUCUCUUGAAAACAUCAAUAACUUAGUCAACAACUGUUUCAAAUACCACAAUUUAAAGACCAUGAAAUAUGUCUUUGUUCAAGUUUUUUUGUUUUUAUUUAUAUAUUUUUACAUAUAGUAAUUUGUUUAGUGUUAGUACUUGUUCCGUUUCAAAAUAUUGCAUGUUUUGAAAUUUUCACGCAUAUUGAUAAAAUGCAUUAAAUUUAAUAUUAAACACAUAUUUUGUGAUUAUCUAUUUCACGUAGUUUAAUUAUGAAAUCUACAAUUAAUCAUUUUUAAUUGAUAAAAAUAUACUGAAAAUAUUUUUAAAAAAAUUGAAACAAUUUUUUUUUUCUUCAUCAGGUUUUUAAAGAGAUGGAGGCAGAUACUUUAGCAAGUCAAAAGACAUUUUUCAUGUUUACUUUAACCACAUUUACCAUAAUUUUAAAGGGGAAAAUACAUUUAUAAUCUAGGUUAACUAAUUUAGACUUAGUAAUUUGAGUUGAGGGGUAUAAUAAGAUUUUUGGAAUGUGGAGUCUAGUGUUCUAAUAAAUAUAUAAAUAAACACUAAAACAAUUUAAUUUAAUUUUAAAUAGUUUCAUUUUUUUUUGAAUUUCAAAAAGCAAAUUUGAAAAAAAUAAAAUAAAAUUCGAAACAAAUUCCCAAAAAAAUCGAAUUUAAAAAAGUGAAAUUCAAAAACAUAGAAAAAAUUAUCCUUUUAUUUUUUUUGUUUAUAUUACUAUUUAUUAUAUAUUUAUAUAAUGUAAUAGUAUAAGAGUAUUUGUCUCUUAAUGAAUAAGAUAUUUUUGAAAAUAUCUCUUUAUUGAUGUUAAACAUGAAUAAGUGUACGAACAAAGUGGUAAACAUGAAAAUUCACCAAAUAACAAUCACAUGGGAACAUCCAAUGAUUCCCCGUAAAUUUCAGAUUAACUUACUAACGUAUUACUAGUUACUCGCUAAUAAUAACGCAUAACUUCGUAUCAAGCCCGGUUCAGGAAAAUUAAAGGCUGGAAGCAAAAAAAAAUAUUGUGGGCCUAUAACUUUUAAUAAUUUAAUAAAAAAGAGGAAAAUUUUAAAAACC